UGUGUGACAGCUUUUCCUGCUUGUUGCAGACGGCUGAAAGGGAAAGAAACUUUUACGCUGAUGAUUCAAGAGGAAGUCGCCAGCUCUUCACUUCAGACUCUUGUAAUGCAAAAUCAAACUGAGACAAAUGUACACACAACUAAGGAGUCAUUGGAUGGGAAUGUGAAGACCAAAAGCUGAGUUUAUUCAUUAGCUGUUACCAGGCUGUAAACUCUAUUUGGGCUGUGUAAAAUAUUGAUGCAGCCAGAUCUGGACUAAAUUUACCAAGAAGCUUGAGUACAUGCACUAAGAAAACAGCUUUGGCACUUCUUUGUGACAAUGAAAGUGAAUGGUGACUGAGGCUGUCAUUCUAACAAAUAUCUUCUGGUGUGUUUUGGAAGAAAACAGAAGACCAAGAUAUUCAAAGGACAUGGAGGCAUAACCAAACAGGAGGCAUAGCCUUGAUCCAACCCAGCUAGAGCAACAUGAAGAGGAACUGAAGUCUAAUUUAUAUGUAGGUUUGGUUUUGGAAACACAGGACAAAGCCAGGAUGAAUGUGAAAAGGAAGGAGAUGGAUUUCUUAAGCAACACUAUUGCUGCUUAUGCUCACAUUAAAGCCAAUCCCGAGAGUUUUGGCCUUUACUUUGUCAUUGGCGUGUGUUUUGGCCUGGUGCUCACUCUCUGCCUCCUGGUUAUCCGGAUCUCCUGUAAGCCUCGUACAACUACAACACCCUCCACACCAGAGAAAAAACAGCUGAAAGACUAUAGUGAUGAAGAGGAGGAUGAGGAGAGUGAUGAGGAGGAUGAGGAAGAUGCAGAAGACACUGAGUCCCCUGUCAUGCUUAGCACCACAGAGAUCCCCAUGGGGAACCACCACAACACGCCAGAUGGGACUCUGAGCAGAAAUGUGUUCACCUCGGCCGAGGAGCUGGAGCGAGCACAGCGAUUGGAGGAAAGGGAGAGGAUCAUCAGGGAGAUCUGGAGAAACGGACAGCCUGACAUCGUAGGAACCGGCACAAUUGGCCGAGUGCAUUACUGUUAACACACCCAG